AUGGAUUUGAAAUCAUGUCUCCAAGUGAUGUUCAUACUUGUCGCCGCCAUAGCACCUCACGCCAUCAUGGCGCGCCAUCUUCACACCCACAAGUUGUCCUCGUCUAUAUUUCCCCAACAUCUUGUAGGAAGUGGGAAGGGCCACAACAUAGAAGGAAUCCACAACGUCAGAGCCUUCCUCCAACGUUAUGGUUACUUGAGCACAAAUGUGGAUACCAAAGGCAACGCCUUUGAUGACAACUUGGAAUUUGCCCUUAAAUCAUACCAAAAAUUCUUCAACCUCAACGUGAGUGGCAUUUUGGAUGCGGAGACUUUGGAGCUAAUGUCGCAGCCUCGAUGUGGAGUUCCCGACGUGUUCAUCAACGAGACGGGCGGAGACGGGAACGGGGACAGGGAUCACCCCAUAGGACUUCAUUACAGAUUUUUCAAUGAUUCGAAACCGAAAUGGUCGGCGUCCAAAUACAAUCUGAAAUACACAUUUGUUAGGAGUUUUCCGGAACAGUACAAGAGUACAGUGGUUCAAGCCAUGAUCAGCUGGAGUUUAAACAGUGUAUUUGCAUUCUCAGAAGGUAGUACGGACGACACAGAUGUUAGAAUAAGCUUUGAAGUAGGAGAGCAUGGAGAUGGGCAUCCUUUCAAGAAGGGAAGUGGAGUAUUGGCGCAUGCUUUUGCGCCUGAAGAUGGGAGACUUCACUUCAAUGAGUGGCAUGCUUGGGCGGAUGGAGCUUAUCCUGAUAAGUAUGAUGUGGGGAGUGUGGCAUUGCAUGAGCUUGGACAUAUUCUUGGGCUGGGCCACAGCGACAUUAGAGAUGCCGUCAUGUGGCCAUCUAUGCGUCCUAAUACGAAGAAGGAGCUAAGCAGCGAUGAUGUUAGUGGAAUCUCGGCUUUGUAUGAUGGAUUUCAGGAAGACUAG